CAGAGAAGAGCUGAGAGCUCAUUUCAGAGGAAACCAGCACAGCACCAGUUUUACUGCGUAUCAUCAAGAUGACAAUGAAAACAUCUUUAAUGUUUCUGCUGGGUCUGACAUCGCUGCUUUGCUGCACUACACACCAAGCUGCUCUGACUGUGAGUCCCAGCAGAUCUCAGUUCUUUGAGUUAGACUCUGUGUCUCUGAGCUGUGAGGAGAACAACAGCUCUGCUGGAUGGACUGUAUGGAGGAACACAACCAGAGGAACCAGGACUCAGUGUGGAAAGGAAUGGGGGAAACCAGCUGGUUCUACCUGUAACAUCAGUUAUGUUUUAGAAAGAGACAGUGGAGUUUACUGGUGUUGGUCCAGAGAGGGAGCAGCCAGCAGCAGCAUCCAGCUCACUGUCACUGGUGGAUCAGUGAUCCUGCAGAGUCCUGUCCUCCCUGUGAUGGAGGGAGAUGACGUCACUCUGAGCUGUCUAACAAAGACCACUCCCUCCAACCUCCCAGCUGCUUUCUAUAAAGAUGGCUCCCUCAUCAGGACUGAGCCCAAAGGUCACAUGACCCUCCACCAUGUGACCAGCUCUGAUGAAGGCCUCUACAGGUGUAACAUCAGUGGUCAUACAGAGUCUCCAUCCAGCUGGAUCUCUGUUGAAGUACGGGCUUUAACCACCCCUAGAGCCCUGCCGCCCCCAGCAAACCCUCUUAACUUGGUUUCAACAGUGAUUCGAUGCCUCCUGGUCUUCUGCCCAUACCUCAUCUCUACUUUUCUUUUGAUCUCCUUACUUAAAAAAAAAUCACAAGGAUAAAGUACUAUAACGCUGUCUCCUGGAGAAAGAACAGAAAGUAGACUGUCAUCAAAAAUCUCUCUCAUCUUUUUAUUGAUUUUGUUUCUUUUUAAUAAAGCAUUAAUUAUUUACGCUGUUUUCCAUGUUUUUCAGUUUCAUGACUUAUUCUGUUAUAAUUUUUUGAUCGCCCAUUAUUUCAAUUCUUUCUGUCCUAUAUUCAACAUGGCAUCUUUUCUGGAUUAGUUCAUUGCAGCCUGUUCUAACUGUUUGACUUCUUUGUACAUAUUCUGUAUUUUCAUGCAUUUUUUUAAACAGUACCUUGUAACAAUACAUAGAAAUUA